AUUGCGCCGUUUUUCUCUAUAGCUAGUUAGGAAAUUUCAGCUAUCCUGUGGUCGUAUUCUGGUGAACUUUUCUGAGAGUGUCCGACAACUGUGUAGCUAUUUCCGAUUAACCUACAAAGUUUGGGUGCUUGCAAGGAGGUGAGGAGAUUUAAAGAUCAAUUUUGUCUUUUAGCCACAGAACACAUAGCAAUGGAAUCAACUGGAGCUCCUUCAUCAUCCAUGGAGUCUAGGACGGGAGUCAAUAUUCCAUCUGCAGAUUCUUCUACGCUCCCUUGUCCGCGGCCAUUUGCAUCUCUGGUCUCCGAACAAGUAGUUGAACCUCAGGAGCUACAUGAUUUAUCUCCCGAGGAAAACAUACAAGGAAGUAGUGCACAUGGUUUAUCAAAAACCACAAUUGAAAAGAGCUGGAGAAUAGUUUUUAGACUUCUCCAACGAAGUGAUGCUUUAAAUUGUUAUAUAUUGGAAAUGCAUGAGGUUGAAGGCGAAAAAACUAGGAGAUUUCAAUCAACAGUUCAUUCAAAUAAAGUAAAUACAAGGGUUCUCUCCAUGAAUGAACCUAUUACAACAAGGCCUACAGUUCAAAUUUGUAACAAUAUCAAUCUUCAACCAAGGAGCAAGAUUCCCCUAAAUAAACGAUUGGGGAAUUGGGUAGUAGAGCAGCGCAAGUUUAACGAAUCCGAACGUAGAGACAAGUAUUACAUACAUACUAUUAUGGGAAAAAAGUUUCGAUCAAUAAAUGAAGUCGCGACAUUUAUACUAUGCAACGUGUUUAUCGAAGAUUUGAGGAUGGAGUAAGGUCAUAGAAUUUCUGAAGGUUGCUUAUUUUGAAGUUCGUUUUAUAUAUAUAUAUAUAUAUUCUUACAAUAAUGCUAAUUGUUAUGAA